AUGCCCGCAUCCCUCUCCAACAAGCUGUCGAUCCGCGACCUCGACUUGAAGGGCAAGCGCGUCGUUAUGCGCGUCGACUUUAACGUCCCGUUCGACGGACAGGGCAACAUCACCAACAACCAGCGCAUCACGGCUGCUCUCCCGACCGUCCAGUAUGCCAUUGACCAGGGCGCCAAGUCGAUCGUGCUCAUGUCGCACCUCGGCCGUCCCAACGGCUCGGUCGUGUCCAAGUACUCGCUCAAGCCCGUCGCAGCCGAACUCGAGCGCCUCCUCCCCGGCAAGACGAUCACCUUCCUCCCCGAGUGCGUCGGCGCCGAGACGGAGAAGCGCGUCGCCGAGGCCAAGGACGGCGAGAUCUUCCUCCUCGAGAACCUGCGUUUCCACAUCGAGGAGGAGGGCUCGAGCAAGGACAAGGAGGGCAACAAGACCAAGGCCGACGCGGAGAAGGUCAAGGCGUUCCGUGCAUCGCUCACCAAGCUCGGAGACGUCUUUGUCAACGACGCAUUCGGCACGGCCCACCGCGCCCACUCCUCCAUGGUUGGCGUCGACCUCCCCCAGAAAGCCGCCGGCUUGCUCAUGACCAAGGAGCUCGAGUACUUUGCCAAGGUCCUCGAGAAGCCCGAGCGCCCCUUCCUCGCCAUCCUCGGCGGCGCAAAGGUCUCGGACAAGAUCCAGCUCAUCGAGAACCUCCUCGACAAGGUCGACUCGCUCAUCGUCUGCGGCGGCAUGGCCUUCACCUUCAAGAAGACGCUCGACGGCGUCUCGAUCGGCAACUCGCUCUUUGACGAGCCCGGAUCGCAGAAGGUCAAGGCGCUCGUCGAGAAGGCCAAGCAGAAGGGCGUCGAGCUCGUGUUCCCCGUCGACUACAUCACCGCCGACAAGUUUGACAAGGACGCCAACACCUCGACUGCGACUGACAGCGAGGGCAUCCCCGAUGGUUGGAUGGGCCUCGACGCCGGCGAGGAGAGCAGGAAGAAGUUUGCCGAGACCAUCAAGAAGGCCAAGACGGUUCUCUGGAACGGCCCUGCUGGCGUCUUCGAGUUCGACAAGUUCGCUGGCGGAUCCAAGGCGACCCUCGACGCUUGCAUCGCCGCCAAGGAGGCCGGCGCGACCGUCAUCGUUGGUGGUGGCGAUACGGCGACCGUCUGCGCCAAGUACGGCGCCGAGGACAAGCUCUCGCACGUCUCGACUGGCGGCGGUGCUUCGCUCGAGCUCCUCGAGGGCAAGGACCUCCCCGGUGUCUCCGCCCUUUCGGAGAAGCAGUAA